AUGUCAACCAGAUCCGACCUCCAGUAUCCGAGUGGCAUUCGCGCAGUCUUUUUCGAUUUCAUGGGCACCUGCUUAGACUGGUACUCGAGCAUUACAGCCGCGCUCCCAGAGGCCCUAAAUGAUACGGCAAAGAAGGAUCUCGCCAUAGCUUGGCGGGAGAUUUUUUUCGAGGACAUCCAUGAGCGUUUUCAACAGAAUCUCCCACCGGAGUCCUUUGAUGUGACCACUGCUCGUCUGCUUGAUGUGGUUUGCGCUCUUCAUGGGGUAAUAUUGACGCCUGUGGAAAAGACCAAUGCUGUGCAGGCAUGGCAUGGCAUGUCGGCGUGGGCAGACGUGGUGUCAUCUCUUGCUUCCAUCAAGGCUCAUGGAGUCGAGCUGUUUGUCCUGGCAAACGGAACCAUGCGGCUUCAGCUCGACCUGGUGAAAUCGUCGGGGUUGCACGUCUUCGACAUGCUCUUCUCCAGUGAGCUUUUGGGCCUCACAAAACCCGAUCCCCAUCUGUACCAAAAGGCGAUGCAGCUGGUCGGUGUCCGGCCCGAGGAAUGUGCAAUGGUCGCUGCCCAUGCUUAUGAUUUACGAGCUGCGAAAGCUGUUGGCAUGAAGACUGUGUAUGUUAGGAGGUGGACGGAGGAUACGCGCGAAGAUAUGACCAAAGUCGACGACGACGUAGACGCAUUUAUUGGGACGGUUACAGAGGCAGGAAUAGAGAACGAACCAGUAUACGACGGCACUUUUUAUGACCUACUAGAAGUAUUAGGACUCGUUGAUCACCAAUAA